AGCAAGCGAGGUCACAGGCGAGCGUUACAACAUGGCGGCGACGGCAAACUGAUAUGUCUAAAAAUGCUUUAGCCGAAGAGUGUCGUGGAAAUCAGCACAUUUCUGUACAGCACAACUGAAUAUUAGCGUUUUAAUGUAAAUAGGGAUACGGACACAUUGUAUCUAGCUGGCGUCUGACUGCGCCUGUACUGGCAGGAGUUCUUUGAAAGAACGGGAAUUAAUGGCAGCUGCUGCCCUAAAGUUGGGUGAGCAGAAAGGUGAAAAAAUGGGUUUGCCGUGUGAAAAAGAUACAGAUGACCAACCAGCACAGAUUAACCAUGAGAGUAAAGGAGCGGCUCAGGAUUCAGGUGAAGUUCUUGACUCUUCAGAGACGCAGAAGAUAGAGUCAGAGAUGCAAAGGCCUGCACAAGCGCCUAGCUCUAAGGUUCCCCCAGGUAUGGAUCAGGAAAACCAACUUGAUACAGAGGAAACUCGAAAGAAGCAAGGACCAAAGGCAAAGACUCCUGCCAAAAGGAGAAGAAAGGAGAUCAUUCCACCACAACAUGACAGUUCAGCAGUCUCUGAUACUUCUGAACUCACUUCUAGUGGUCGGCCCAAGAGGAGAGCUGCUAAAGUUGCUUUAGAUUAUCUCCACAACCUUGCCAAGGAUCUUGGUGCUCCAUCAAAAUCCUCAAUUAAAGAAACGUCCAAGUCCGGUGAAGCGGAUGGCACUGACAAGAAAAAGAAAACCGCAAGGGGAAGGGGGACCAAAAGAAAAACUCCAGAUUAUAAAAGCGACUCUGAUGGCGAUGAGGACUUUUCCCCAGGAAAAGACGAAGAGGCAGAGAGCGACGAUGAAGAAGAUUCAGAGCCAGACUUCAGCUUGAACAUAGAGCGCAGAUUAUCCAGACCUUCCUGCAGACCACCCAGAGGAAAUUAUCAUUGUCUUCUUCCAAAUGGAUUGGCUAACAAUGUCAUGGAGCCUGUUUGGAACUGUUUUAGUAGGACCAAAGAAUUCCGGGAUGAGAACUUUUCCCCCUGGGUUUUUCCAGAGUGGAUUCCUUCUGCCAAAGAUUGGCAUUUCCUGUCUAAGAGUGAGGCUGAAAAAUAUUUACCCCAAGAGAAAGAAUCGGCUUCUUUUACCUUUACACGGGAAAGCAUCAAAGGACAGAUCAAACUGCAAACGGUGAAGAGGUAAGAU